AUGGAGCUGGAAGCGCUGCGCUCUAUCUACGAGGGAGAUCUCUGCUUCAGGGAGCUGAGCCCGGUGUCCUUCCAGUACAGGAUAGGUGAAAAUGGAGAUCCCAAAGCCUUUCUAAUAGAAGUUUCUUGGCCGGAAACAUAUCCACAAACAGCACCAGUCAUAUCGAUGGAUGCUUUCUUCAACAACACAAUAUCUGCAGCUAUUAAGCGAAGUAUAUUGGAUAAGUUAAUGGUAGAAGUUGAAGCGAAUCUUGGAACUGCUAUGACAUACACACUUUUUGAAUAUGCCAAAGAUAAUAAAGAGUUGUUCAUGGAAAAUCAGCCAGUUAACACUGUGACUUCAGUAAGCAAUAGUAUUGCAAUUGGAACUCCUGAUGUGCCAGCAAGUAAGAAAAAAGACAAAAAGGAGCAGUUAUCCAAAACCCAGAAACGAAAACUAGCCGAUAAAACAGAUAACAAAGGGGAGCUUCCACGAGGAUGGAACUGGGUGGACGUAAUUAAGCAUUUAAGCAAAACUGGUUCUAAAGAUGAUGAAUAAAGGACUUUGGUACAAGGAAACUCCACCUUUUAAUACAGUGCAAUUUUGGGUCACCAACUUUCUCUUAAUAACUUUCGUACUUCUUGAAGUAAACAUUUUAUAAAGCUCAAUUUCCUAACUUGCAAAUCUAAUCACAAAAGUUAUCUAGAGACUAUGUGGUCUUCUUUAGAAGACAAAAUGAAACAAAACGAAACAAACUUGCCUUAAAGGAAGGUUAGAAUGUGACAAAGGGUAUAUAGAGAGACAAUGUGGUGAAGUGAGUAGUGCUAUAUGCAGUGUUUAUUAAUUUAUAUUCUACUCUGUAGUAAAAUCCUGUUAUAGUGAACCCAGUGAUACUGUAAGCAUUUCCUGAUGUUCUUAUUCCAACUGCAGAAAAAACCACUAUAACAGUGAUUAGUCACUUGACAGCAUAAUUCAUCAAAAUAAAUUAUUCCUUGGAAACAAGACCUUUGUCAUUUGUUUAUCUAAUCUGAAUGUAGAAGGAAAACAUAAAAAUUGUUACAUUGCAAUACAGACUAGAGCUUUUGGUCCCGUUUUCACUAGUUACUGGCUGAAAUAGUAAAUACUAGCGAAAGCAAGGCCAAAUGUUCUAGUCUGCUCAAAAAUGAGUGGUUACAGCGGGAGUAUGUCUUCUUUAUUCUCUGCGGUACCCAUCUGUUAGUCUUUCUCCAGCGUGCAUCUUUGCAGA